AUGAACGCCAUCACACCAGCAAUCCUACUACUAAAUCUGCCACCCUCAGCCUUGGGUGGCAUGGACCUGCUCUCCUUCACCACCACUCCGAAAUUUCAAGGCAUUAAAAACAUACCUACUGGUUUGCAUUUUGUCUUUGUCGGCUCGACCAGCACAUUAUCUGUUCGCCACGGCGUUUGGAUCAAAGUCAAUGCAUCAUCUUCCGGCCCUCCAGAUUUCUUCAUUCGCAAAUGGGAUGCAAGCAGUGAAGAACUAUUACCAGAAACAGAUGUCACUACGCUUCUACAACAACGAGCCAAUCUAGGAAGAAUCUGGAGAGAUAAUCUGACACCGUAUCGACAGAGCGCCUCACAAGACUCUGUAGCAACGGAAGAAUCAAACCGCUGGGUGCAGUUGACAGACUGCAUCUCGGAAUCACUUCUGGCGCGCGUAUUGGACGCAGAUGUUGAGACCUGGACACUCACGUCCUCAAGCAGUGCCAAACAAGACUUUGACGACAUACCAGGACUCUCCGCAUCUGAUCUCACUGGUAAUGAGCGCGAACUACACCUCCUCCCCAUCGAUCUAAAACAAACAUGGCGGGAAGGAGCGACGGGACGUGAGCGCACUGAAGCCGCACAAGAUCGUUCAUGGCUGCUAUCAGAUCUGAGCACCCGCUUCUGUAACAAUGAUAUCACUCAGAUACUCGGCGAGCUCCAAUUCUGCUUCGCCAUGGUAUUGACGCUGAACAAUUACUCCUGUCUCGAACAAUGGCGCAGAAUUCUCUCCCUGGUCUUGACUUGCGUCGGUGCAGUAACCACCCACCCAUCCUUCUUCGUACGCACACUCGCGACCCUGAAACUCCAGCUACAACACGGCCAAGACGUCGAAACCGGCCUCUUCGACCUCAGCGAUGACGGCGCCACAUUUCUAAAAUCGCUUCUUCUGCGCUUCAAGAAAGCAGUCGAUAGUCUAUCAGGCAACACGCACACAGAUGUAGUGGACGAACUUGACGAUUUGCUUGCCUAUGCCCAAGAAUCUCUUGGCUGGCAACUGCAUCAAGGUUCUUUUGCACGCACAGGCAUGCUAUCACUCGAAGACGGCGAAGAAGUAGAAAUGGACAAUACGACUUUCGACGAAGACGACGAGGCCGGUGAAUACGCACCUACGAUUGUUGAGUUGAGCGCUGAGCAGAUGAAAUUACUAGGGAUCGAUGAGAGUGUGCAGCAAGUCUUGAAUGGCAACAAGACACCAAAUCUACGUGACCAUCUGCACAAAGAUGAGGUGGAUGCCGGACGAGAUGGCUAUCAGUACGAGGUGCAGAGUGAUGAGGAGUCGGAGAAGGAUAUGCCGACAUUCGAUGACGACGAAGAGGAGGAAUUGGAUCUCGAAGAUAUGGACGCUCGAUACUGA